UUGUUGUAUUCCAGAGCCUUCUGAAUGGGCUGAUGUGCGCUAAGCCCGAAGACCCGGUAGAGUACUUGGAAAGCUGUUUACAGAAAGUGAAGGAACUGGGUGGCUGCGACAAAGUAAAAUGGGAUACAUUUGUCAGCCAGGAAAAGAAGACCCUGCCUCCGCUAAAUGGUGGACAGUCCCGGAGAUCCUUUCUGAGAAAUGUAAUGCCUGAAAAUCCCAACUUUCCAUAUCGGCGAUAUGAUCGGCUUCCUCCAAUCCACCAAUUCUCCAUAGAAAGUGACACUGAUCUCUCCGAGACAGCAGAGUUAAUUGAGGAGUAUGAAGUUUUUGAUCCUACUCGACCUCGACCAAAAAUCGUUCUUGUCAUAGGUGGACCAGGAAGUGGAAAGGGUACUCAGAGCUUGAAAAUUGCAGAGCGCUAUGGGUUCCAGUACAUUUCUGUCGGAGAGUUGUUGAGGAAGAAGAUCCACAGUGCCAGCAGCAACCGGAAAUGGAGUCUUAUUGCCAAGAUCAUCACAACGGGAGAAUUGGCUCCACAGGAAACAACAAUUACCGAGAUAAAACAAAAAUUGAUGCAAAUACCUGAUGAAGAGGGCAUUGUUAUCGAUGGAUUCCCAAGAGAUGUUGCCCAGGCUUUGUCCUUUGAGGACCAAAUCUGCACUCCCGACUUGGUGGUAUUCCUGGCUUGUGCUAAUCAGAGGCUCAAAGAAAGAUUACUGAAGCGUGCAGAACAGCAGGGGCGUCCAGACGACAACCUAAAAGCUACCCAAAGGAGACUAAUGAACUUCAAGCAGAAUGCUGCUCCCCUGGUUAAAUACUUCCAGGAAAAGGGGCUCAUCAUGACGGUGAAAUGCCAUUGCCUCUAAUUGAGGGAGUCAAUAACAACACGAAUGGCGGCCUGUAGCCUCACUGCUACAAACAAAUGAGCUUGAAGAUAGAUGCCUCUAAUUACUGGGAGAAAACUCGCCUUGGAAAGUCACCUUUUAGAAAGCAAUGAACACAAAUACAGGCUGCGCUCUGGGGAAUAUAAUCUGACACACAAAAAAACAGUCUAACAACAAAGCAGGUACUGCGUCCUGAAACACACAUCCUCUUUCAGAACUGGAUCACUUUUGGAAUUGA